UGGCAGCGGCAGAGAUUGAGACACAGAGAUUGAGCGCAAAACGCAAACCACAAAAAACAGUCCAACCCGCGAGAACAAAAAAACCGUGAGUCCUCAUGCGCAUGAGUAGAUUGGCUGGCUUUCUUCUUCUUCUUCUUCAGCAUGAAACACCAUGUUCCGUUGUUCGCUCUUUUAUUACUGUGUUUUCACAAGUUCUUAGACCGUUUGGUAAUUUUUUUUUCACUUCUUGCUAAGCGCUUUUUGCGUUGGUGCUAUUCUCCUGGAAAAUUACCUCUGCCUCUAUUCUCCGGUAGCUUUACGGUAGCACACUCUAUCCUUUCAUCUAUUUUCCGAUGUUUUUUUUUUCUUCAUUUUCUAGAUUUAAAACCGUUUCCCUCGCAUCACUCACGAGAGUGAUCACGGGACAGCUAGCUCUGCGGUCGUUGUUCAUUGUGAGCAAACUCGCGUACAGGAAAGACUCCAGCAGGAGUGUACUUUCGACUUCACUUUGCCUUCUGUCUCUCUGUCUUUCUCUCUAUCUUUAAACGAUCCGCUUAAAAUUACUCCUUUCGGUACCAAGCUUACCGUAUCACAGCCAUCGAAGUAUUUGUUGUACUCCAAAAACAAACCGAAGCGAUACAAUUAUAUAUUUAUGUGUCUUAAUCCGCGAGCAUAGCAGCAUAUCACCAGUUUUUUAUGGCGCCAAAAGCAAGCUAAAAGGAACGCGUAGUGAUCCGUGAGGCAGAGCGGUGAGGAAGAGGAGGAUUAAUGGAAAGCAAUGUGUGCGCCGGGACGUGCCACUGUUUAACGUAGCUCUGUUGUUAUAGUAUUCGAUGAUAAGGAAAUGUUUUAUAUUUUCCCCGAAACUCGAAAACCAUCUUUACCAAUAUCGUUGAUCUGUUAAUGUUCUGAGAGAUUUGUUGUUGCGUGCAUAUGCGUUCUAAUCAUUUAUUGGGGGAGGCGAGAGAAGUGCAAGUGAUAAAGCAAAAUGAUGAUGAUAAUGAUGCUGAUGAUGACUUCCUUAGCUAAUCGGUUACAAUCAGUUUGGGUGGCUUCCAGCGUGAAUCUCAUUUCGCAUUUAAAACCAUCUACUACUUACCUUAACGAAUGCUUCCUAACGUUUCUCGGGUCAGCAGAGCCCGUGCCGACUUACGCACGUCUGGGUGGAGGGGGGUCUUUUCGGAGCAGACGAUGAAGUAGUAGCAGUAGCAGUAGAUAUAGCAGCAGUCAUCACCACCACUUACUCUGAAUAACUGUGUGAUCCUUUCGGUGAUGCAUUCUUCAUAAGAUCGUACGGGAGAUGGGAAGCAAAUCAAAGAUUGAUCUUUUAAGUGGAGCAAACAAACAUAGAAACCAACAAAAUAUAUAUAUACACACAUACAUAUAUGUAUAUUAUAUAUUAUGAUUAGAUAUACACAUAUACAAACUACACAUACAUACAUACACACACACUCACACAUACAGUCAGUUUGCUAGCAAACCGCGUACGAUCACUAUUUAAGUGGAGAUCACUCAUUUGUCUCCCGGUAGCAUACAAGCAUACGAGUAUAUUUACAUGCGAAGCACGAUCGACGCGAUGAUCGCUGUGGCAUUCCACAGGAUUUGUUCCCCAUUUUCUCUGCUUCCUUCCUACGGUAGUACCCCUCGGUCGUUCCACGCACCGAUCCCCGAUCGAUAUGCAGAUCGCAUGGUUCCCAGUUUGAUGGUCCGUUUUAUCCUUUUGAAAUACUUAGAUCACGCUAAAAAAAACACACAUAACUCAUGAGCACAUUCUACUCGAAUGCACACUCGUCGGCCGCAUUUUACUAGGAACGUUAAAAUACCAAAAACAAAAAUCCAAGCAUUUAAACACAACUCAACAAUGCUCACGACUCCUGUUUGCCUGAUCGGCUUCAUUUCGGGCUGGGAGAAACCACUGGAACUGGAGGAAUACGCCUGGAAUAAUCAGCUGUCGAGCGAAAGCGGAACAUAGAAAGGUGAUUGGAUGGAUAAGCACUUAAGCUUUAUGGGCUGGGCUGCGGGAGCUACGGAUCGAUUUCAUUCGAAAAUUCUAAGUCAUUUUAAGGCCUGCGGAUUACAAAUUAAUGUUAACUUUAGCUAGGUUAAUUGUAAUAUAUCUUUCCGAUACGCGGACGGGGCGCGUGUUUGUGUUUGAGAUUGGAGAGGAUGCUCAAAGGAUGGGUUGAGAUUGGUAUUGAGUGAAGCGACAAGAUUGAUUGUUCCCCACGAUGGACCGUUCGUUCCGUAGACGCAUAACUGAGUCGAUUAGAAGUGCCCCCACAGAAGUAGCCGCCAAGCCACACGUGUACCCCGCCACAUUAGACACAAAGAAAUCCCGGAAGCAAAACCGACGCAGGGCCACCGCCACCAUGUUAGGUAUAGGUGAGGUGUGCGUUGCCGGAGGUCCUAAAGUGAAGGAACUUGACGGAGAGACCACACAAUGUGGCGGUGCAGAGCAAGGAGAAAAAUCAAAAUUGAAAUAUAACGAACAAAUGGUCACCACUAUACCCAAACGAGAACGUGUCGAAUGC